AUGGAGUCCACCCAGCAGAAGCACAAGCUUAUUAACCCUCUCACCCGCUAUGAAGACUUCAAGUUCGAAUUGCCACCCAACACCUACCCGAAGCAAAGCUACGUUGCCAGCGGGCGCCUCAAGGGCAGGCACGCUCUCGUCACGGGCGGUGACUCGGGAAUAGGGCGGGCAGUAGUCAUCGCCAUUGCCCGGGAGGGUGCCAAGGUUGCCAUCAACUAUCUGCCCGAAGAGGAGAAGGAUGCCGAAGCCUUGGCCGAUUUCCUGGAAAAGGACCCUCGUGUAGACCACAAGCUGGUCCGGAUCCCUGGGGACCUGAGAAGCCAGAAAUUCUGUCAUGAGCUUGUCCAUACGGCCCGCAAGAAAUUGGGGUCCCUGGAUCUGAUCGUCAGUAACGCCGGCGGCAUCGGGCCGGUUCAGCCAAUCACCAAGCUGUCUCCGGAAAUUUGGGACGACAUCAUGAAGGUCAAUGUCUACGCAAACUUCCACAUCACCCAGGCCGCCGCUCCGCUCCUACCCCCAGGGUCCUCCAUCGUCGUCACCGACUCGGGCUCGGUCGCCUACUCGGCCUCCAAGGCGGCCCUGCGGAGCUUCAUCAGCGGUGCGGCGGCCGAGCUCAUAAAGCAGGGCAUCCGCCUCAACGGCGUCGCGCCCGGCUACACGUACACGCCGCUCCUCGUGUACGGCGGCCUGACCCCCGAGGACCUCAACGCGCAAAUCCCUGUCGGGGAGCCGAUCGUCAGGGUGCAGCAGCCGGCCGAGAUUGCGCCGGUGUACGUGGCGCUGGCUGACGACCAGCUCUCGUACGGGACCGGGAGCAUUUGCGGCUCCCACGGGGGGUGGGCGGCUAUUAGUUGGCACUAG